GAAGUGGAGCCCUGGACUUCCACUCGUGCGUGAGGCCAGCGGAGCCAGAGUCGAGACCAGAGGCCGAACUCGGGAUCUGACAAGAUGGCCGGGCUGCCCCGCAGGAUUAUCAAGGAAACCCAGCGUUUGCUGGCAGAACCAGUUCCUGGCAUUAAAGCAGAACCAGAUGAGAGCAACGCCCGUUAUUUUCAUGUGGUCAUUGCUGGCCCUCAGGAUUCCCCCUUUGAGGGAGGGACUUUUAAGCUUGAACUAUUCCUACCAGAAGAAUACCCGAUGGCAGCCCCUAAAGUACGUUUCAUGACCAAAAUUUAUCAUCCUAAUGUAGACAAGUUGGGAAGAAUAUGUUUAGAUAUUUUGAAAGAUAAGUGGUCCCCAGCACUGCAGAUCCGCACAGUUCUGCUAUCGAUCCAGGCUUUGUUAAGUGCUCCCAAUCCGGAUGAUCCGUUAGCAAACGAUGUAGCAGAGCAGUGGAAGACCAACGAGGCCCAAGCCAUAGAAACAGCUAGAGCAUGGACUAGGCUAUAUGCCAUGAAUAAUAUUUAAAAUCGACCUGAUCAUCAAGUGUGCAUCACUUAUCCUGUUCUGCCAAGACUUCUUCCUUUUUUGUUUGCAUUUAAUGGACACAGUCUUAGAAACAUUACAGAAUAAAAGCCCAGACAUCUUCAGUCCUUUGGUGAUUAAAUGCACAUUAGCAAAUCUAUGUCUUGUCCUGAUUCACUGUUGUAAAGCAUGAGCAGAGGCUAGAAGUACCAUCUGGAUUAUUGUGAAAUGUUUAAAAGCAGCGGCCCUUCUCUGCUUUUAUUCAUUUCCCCCAUCAUGGUUAAGCACUGUGAAUGAAGGUAGUUGUCAGGGUUAGCUGCAGGGGUUUGGGUGUUUUUCUUUAUUACUUUUUUGAGGGGGAGAGGUAGUUUUAUUUUAAUUUUAUGGGCUCCUUUCCCCCUUUUUAUGGUGAUCUAAUUGCAGUGGUUAAAAGCAGCUAACCAGUUCUUUAGAAUAUGCUCUCUAGCCAAGUCUAACUUUAUUUAGACACUGUAGAUGGACAAGCUUGAUUGUUUGAAUCAAAAUGGGAACAUUAAACAAACAUCACAGCCCUCACUAAUAACAUUGUGACUUUGCUGUCAAGUGUAGAAUCCUUCCUUCAAGAAAAAGCUUGUGACCAUUUUGUAUGGCUUGUCUGGAAACUUCUGUAAAUC